AUGGUCACCGAAGCAGGUCUGAUCGGUAAGAUCGGUUUGAACUCUGCGGGUGUAGGGGUGUGUCUCAAUGCCAUCAGAGCAAAAGGCAUGGACAAGUCUCGAAUGCCUUGUCAUCUGGGCCUGCGUGCAGUGCUAGAAAGCACUUCUUGCAAAGAAGCAGUCGACACGCUUCAGAAAUAUGGUAUAGCGUCUUCAUGCCAUAUGUUGGUGGCAGAUUCGAGUGGUAGCGUGGGAUUGGAGUGGAGUUACAAGGACUUGCAGAUCUUGGAGAUGAACGACAGGAAACAGGUCUUCCACUCUAAUCAUUACCUUGUGCCGCAUUCAGGAGUCUCGGAUACGGUGUGGUUGGAGGACAGCAAAUUCAGGAUCAAGCGCAUCCAGGAGAUUUGUGAUGAGCUGGGUCAUUCGCCGACAAUGACAGAGGUGCAAGCGUUGUUCAAGGAUGAGAAAAAUUACCCGUAUGCCAUAUGUCGAGCUCAGGAGGAUGGCAACCAUUCUGGAACGCUAUUUAACAUUGUCAUGGACUUGAAGACGAGAAAGGCUUCGGUGAUUUUAGGAAGGCCGACCGCACCAGAAGGAAGUUAUGAGAUAGGCUUUUGA